UUUGACUGGGGGAAUUGGGGUGAGAAUGAAAACAGUGCCGCUGCUGUUGGGAAAAAAGGGAGAGAGAAAAAACGUUAUAAAAGGACUUGAACCUGGGAUUUGUUCGUAGACAAAUGGUCUUCGUUUAAAAUGAACAUUGAAGAAUUUUGGUGGACAUAAUUGAGUUUAAUUGCGUACAAUCUAUCAAUGUCAGCGAUUAAAAGGAUAAUAUAUGCAAUCGAUUUGGAUUUUUUGAGUGUAGCUUCGAUUAGUUCUUCAACCUUCUCAGUCAUGCAGUUAGAAUUACGAACAUUGAUGUUUGGAAUUGUAACAGUGCUGGUAUUAUUUUUGAUCAUUGCUGAUAUUGCUGAAGUCGAGAAAGAAAUUGCAAAUCUUGGAGGUUCCAGAGAAUUGUACUUGCACAGCCUCAUUCCCAAGCCAAACAGAAAUGUAGCAGUGAAGGUCAAUCCUAAACCUUUAGUCAGUGAAGGGGAGGACAAGAGACCUGCUUCUCCUUCAUACUUGAAUAAUACCACCAAGCUCUCUACAGAUAACUGGACGUUCAACAGGACCCUCUCCAAUCUCAUCAGGAAGAACAUCCUGAGGUUCUUUGACCCAGAGAGGGACAUCUCUAUUCUGAAGGGCACAUUGAAACCUGGAGAUAUCAUCCACUACAUCUUUGAUCGUCAGAGCACUACCAAUAUCUCAGAAAACCUAUACCAGUUGCUGCCCACUGCAUCCCCCAUGAAGAACCAGCACCACAGGCGUUGUGCCAUCAUAGGGAACUCUGGGAUCCUACUCAACAGCAGCUGUGGGCCAGAGAUAGACUCGUAUGACUUUGUUAUCAGAUGUAAUCUGGCGCCAGUGGAGGAGUAUGCUGGGGAUGUGGGCCAGCGCACCAACCUUGUGACCAUGAACCCAUCUGUGGUGCAGCGGGCCUUCCAGGACCUGGCCAGUGAGGAGUGGAGGGAGCGCUUCCUGCAGCGGCUCCGGAGCCUCAGCGGCAGCGUACUGUGGAUCCCAGCCUUCAUGGCCAAGGGAGGAGAGGAGAGGGUGGAGUGGGCCAUCCGUCUCAUCCUGCUGCACACGGUGGAUGUGCACACCGCCUUCCCCUCACUGCGCCUUCUCCAUGCUGUCAGAGGGUAUUGGCUGACCAACAACAUCCAGAUAAAGAGACCCACCACUGGUCUACUGAUGUACACCAUGGCCACUCGCUUCUGUGAGGAGAUCCACCUGUACGGUUUCUGGCCUUUCCCUCAGGAUUCACAGGGGAAACCAGUGAAGUACCAUUACUAUGACACUCUGACCUACGAGUACACGUCCCAUGCCAGUCCGCACACCAUGCCACUGGAGUUCAGGACCCUGAGUUCACUCCACAGACAGGGGGCGCUGCGUCUCCACACUGGCUCUUGUGGUGUAGGAACAUAAUCUAAAAACACAGCAAGGAAUGUACUGUAUGUCUCCAUCAAAAUGACCCUUACGCUUUUGGGAAAAUACCUCCUGCUCAGUUGAUGUCUGUCACACACGGACAUCUCAGAGGAAAUACUUCCUGUAUUAAACUGUAGGACAUUUUUAUGUAGCUGUGAAUUUAGUUGAACGACAGUAUGCAGGAUACUGCAUAUCUUAUUUGGGCUCACAUUGUUGUCCUACAAGAGAGCACUGAAGAGUUUUUAACAUUUCUACAGUAACCUGUGAACAUUUUACCUAAAACAGACACUUUUUAAUUUGUUAAAAAAUAACAAAUUUAUGUUGGUAUAUGCUUUUUUCAACAAGAAUACUUUUUCUUUUUACAUGGAAUGUGUUUUGUAAAAUGUAUAUAAUUACAACAUUUAUAAAAAACUUCCAAGGGCUUUGUGAUUGUAAAUUUAACUACUAAGUUAUCAAUAAUGUUUGUCUUGAUAUUUUUGUAAUUAUUCCUUUGAAUUAUACGAUAAAUCUACUUCAUCACUACUGUUGGAGACAUCAUAUCAGACAGAUCCAAGGAAGGAGCACCAGCCUGCAGAGCACUGAUUGAGCCACAAGAUGGAAGCACUUCUUCAUAAGGAAACUAUGAAUAGUAGUGCAUUUAGUUUUCCACAUUUAGUUUAUUAGUGAACAUGGGUUCAACUACAUACUACUGUGUGAUGUUUUGUUAGCUCUCACCUUAAAUUGGGAAUUGUAUUAUUUAAAGAGUAGCCUAAUAGUGUAGGCCUAGUUUCUUAUUUUUGCCUUAACUUCUUCCUCAUCAAGGAAACCGGUUUGUGGUAUUUGGAAAUCGAGACCGUGGGACUAUAAGGUUAUAUCUGCACAAAGCAUGGUUCUGAGAUAUUGAGAAUUACAUUUUUCACAUCCCAGAUCUCAGAAAUGUUUUGUAGUGAAUUAUUUGCUUUCAUAACCCAUUAAGGUCCUCGCCAUCAAGGUACCUAAAGUGCAGAGUAUCCCAAUUCUAAGACAUUUGUCAAUCUUUUUUUUGUGUGGGGUACACAGGAUGUUAAAAUGAUGUCAAUUUCAAUAGAAAAGUACAGAUAUUUAAUGAUUAAAUAAAGAGAAUACCCUUCAUUAUUUCUAAUCACAUUAUCAAAUAUAUUAAUUCAUGUUCAUCACACAUUUGUUAAAGAGAUAGCAUCCUAUGGAUAACUAGCAACAUCUCACAGGUAAAGGACCACCUAAAGAGCAACUCUAUGUGAAUAACUCAUUUUUUACCAACAUGUCAGAAUCUUGUAGUCCCCAGGUUAUGAAAUACAGUAUCGCAUUUCUUUCCUUGUUCUGUUUAGGGUGUGAAGUAU